AAAGAGACUCACACACACACUCACGAGGGGGAAAAAAAUGUCGCGACGCCACGUUUUGUCUUUGACGGCUGCUGCAAGACUGAUGAGUCUUGUGAUGGCCCUGCUCCCAGCUAUUUUGGCUGCUCCGCCGUCCUUGACUGCCAGCCCCUUAGGUACUUAUAAUAUUCAAUCGGGAUCGAUCACGACAUCGGGAAUCAGUUCGGGAGCUGUCAUGGCCACCCAAUUUCAUGUGGUCCACUCGUCGAGUAUCAACGGUGUCGGCAUUUUCGCGGGAGUACCUUACGGAUGUGCUCUCGGUUUGGUGGCUGAAUCGCUCAACUGCAUGCUCUACCCGAACCUGGUUGUCAUGGCCAAUCUGUACGCCCGCGUGUCCACCUACGAUUUAUACGCCAACAUCGACUCUGUUAAUGGAUUGGUCAACGAUCGUGUUUUCAUAUUCCACGGUACAGAAGAUUCCGUCGUAAAUCCAGGCUCCGCGAAUAAUGUGGAAACUUUCUACAAUCGAUACAACUCGCAGGUUUACAAGAAGACGGACAUCGCUGCCCAGCAUUGCAUGCCAACGGAUAACUAUGGCGGGGCUUGCGAUCAGCUCAACAGUGCCAGUUACAUCAACAACUGUGGCUAUAACGGCGCAUACGAAAUGAGCAACUACCUUUACGGUGGACUAACCAGACCUUAUUCAGGAAACGAGGCUAUUUUGUCCAAUUUGAUCGAGUUUGAUCAAUCGGAGUUUUUUGAAAUCUCAGCGCCAUCAGCGUCCAGUAUGGAUACGAUCGGUUACGUUUACGUGCCGACGCGCUGCGCAAACGGCGCCCAAUGUAAAUUGCACGUUGCUUUCCACGGAUGUCAGCAGGGCAGGGAAGAAAUAGGCAACGUCUAUGCUCUUCACGGUGGAUACCUGGAAGUGGCCGAAUUAAAUGAUAUUAUUGUUCUAUUCCCGCAAGCCAUCAAGACGCCGCUGUCCAAUCCGCAAGGAUGUUGGGAUUGGUGGGGAUACAACAACUACCUUUACGAUACUCGUAAUGGAAACCAGAUUCUGGCCGUCAAACGGAUGGUUGACAAAAUGACAGGAUUUUUCAUUUGAGAUAAACGUUUUGCGUGAUAACGCGAAAUCGUCAAGAAUGAUGUCACACUUGGACGGCCCAAAAUAAGCGUAUAUAACGUGUGUACCAUAAAACUGUAUUUCGUGUGUAUAGAAACGAGCAGUCUCAAUUUUAUCUUGAAUGAAAAUUCUUAUCGCAACA